AUGCCAGUCCCGCACAUGUCACCGGACCAAGGCUUCCCCUCGCGCAUUGCAGACGCCGUAGCAGGCGCCCGACACAAUCUCGUCCUCACCGCCGAUGGCGACCUCUACGGCUGGGGCUGGAACGAAGACUCCCCCCUCCUCCCUUUCGACGCCACCGCUGAAGUACCGUCUUGGGAAAACAACAUCGUCUGCGAGCCCACACUCGUCCCUCUUCCCGACAGCAAUGCUUCCAGCGAAAACGACACGGUCGCACUCACCAAGAUUGCCUGCUCCAACGGUCGGUCGUUUGGCAUCACUACGGAAGGACGAUUGGUGGUAGCUGGAUCCAACGAGUUUGGGUGCUUGGCUCUCGAUCCACAGCUGGGAGGGCUGACUGUGAAACCAAGAUUCGAACGCGAGUUCAGCCAGAUAAAAAAGCCGUACGAUUGCGCGAAUGGGGUUCAGCUGCAUCCUGGUCAAGGUUUGACGCAGAGCGGAAAGGUGGUAGAUGUGCAGGCGACGGCGUUGGCAACUUUCGUCACUGUUCAAGUUGAGGAGUAA